AUGUCGGCUGCAAUCGGAAAAGCACUGCAGGUACAGGCACAAUCAGAUGAAAGCCCAGUCGUGUUAACAGAAGCAUCAGGUUUUCAUCGCGCGAUAUCUGACGAGGAAAUGGUAGGCAUUUACAGAUCGAUAUCUCCCACCCACCCCUGCCCCUGCCCUGCCCCUCACCAUCAUGCUGUUUGGCCCCCGACAUUCCGGGUGUCAAUUAUCCGGGGAGUUGCAAACAGGGAGAACCAGAAUGUGGACUGGGUGCCCUGGGCGGGGCGUAAGUACAACGUCAGGCAGCUGUACAAACUGGUCGACACGCUGAUCAAGGGGCGGCCCCAGAAGUACCUGAGCCUGGUAGUCGUUAAGGACAACCGCAUUACGUUUCUGCCGCUGGCGGCUCGACCCAUGACGCUGACCAUGAAUAGGAUGAAAGCUAUCGUCCAGGGCCUUCGAAACGGCACCCGCGCAGGACUUCAGUUUCCGAACACAGUCUUCCUCAUGAACGUGUGGGACGAGGGGAGAUGCCAUCGCGAUGAACCCGCCAAUGCAUCCGCCUCCAUUGGCGCCCCUGCCACCAGCACCACGAGCUCCUCCAGUGACCCGGCUUUCAGGGCCAAGGCGCCGCGCUGCACCGUGCCCGUGUUUUCGCUGAUUAAGAGCUGGGACUACGAGACGGGCAGCUCCAACGAGACGGAUGUGUUGCUGCCCUUCUUUAACCAUGUGUACGGCAACCUGGUGUUUUAUCCCUGGGAGAAGAAGGCCCAGAUGCGACCCAACUGCACACGGUUGUGGAUCAUUGAGUUGCAACGGAGCAACCCCGAGGGGCGCCGGCUGUUAGAUGCGGGCAUCACUAACAACCUGAGCAAGCGCAAGGACAUCAAGCUGGUAGACUUUGUUCCCAUCCCCGAUCACGCGCGCUACCGCUACCUGCUCUCCGCGGACGGCUUCACCGCCUCGUGUCGGUUGGGGAAGCUGCUGGGGACCAACAGCGUGGUCCUCAAGGAAACGACCCCCUGGAUUGAGUACUACUACCGGUCACUAAAGCCUGAGGUGCACUUCGUGCCGUUCAACAAGGACAACGUGCUGGAGGUGGUGAAGGACUUGGAGGCGGAUCCCGGCCGUUGCCAGCGCAUCUCCGCCGAAGCCCAACAGUUCGCAUACACCUUCCUGUCCCAGCAUUCCAAGGCGAUGUACGUCAAGCGUGCGUUGGUGUACUACAACUCCCUGCUUCCAGACAUGGAGCCGUUUGUGGAGCAACUCACUUGGCCCGCGGAAGGGGAGGCUGGCGGUGGCGGCGGUCCGGAGGAGGGCGGCGUUGGGGGCCUGACAUUGGUGGGGCUCAUGGAGCAGAUGCGGGCGUUUGUAGGGGCGCGGCGGCGGCGGGGCCGCAUGUGA